AUGCCAGCCUUGGACACAAAUUAAAGGAAUACUUCACACACAAAAUGAGCUGUUGUCGAUCGGUUAGUCACAGCAUGUUACCUUGAAUUUGUGGAGAAAAUUUGUUUUUCUUGCAUGCCUCCAUGGAAAACAGUGGACAUAUUGAUAGACUUACUGGGGACUACCCGUAACAACAGCAAAACUAUAUCAAAAAAUCUAUUUUACAAACUCUCACACAACUUGCGCAGUAUAAUAUCAGUAGUAUUUAUCCAGUCGUACGCUCAUUAAUUCCCAAAAACAUGCAUUUUAGCUAAAAAUAAUCCAAAUAAGUUUCACUUUCAGUUCAGUUUUAGAGAAAAUACACGUUUGUGAAGCAAAACAAAGGAGACUUGGAUCAUGCUGCACGAAUUGUGUGAGUUUUGCUAUUGUUAAACACGGUCCCCGAUCAUUCAAUUAAUCAAUAUAUUUAUUGCUUUCUGUAGAGACAUACAUUUAGGUAACAUGAUAUGACUAACUGAUUUACAAAUGCUCCUUUUGUGGGUGAAGUAUUCCUUUAAAUCUUCAUGCAGGCUCACAAAUGCAUUCAAAAUGUGUGUGUUUGUGUGUACAGUGUGAAGGUGCCCCGCAAUAAGGUUUAACUCUUCUCCAUUGUUCUCUGUAACUUGGUAACCAGAGUUUUACUCACAGAGUGUGGUACACUUUAAAGCCACAAGCUGGAUAGAGGAGUUUGAGGCGUUGCAGUGCAUCUGAAAAGCCCCCCACACACCCACAGCUGGUAAGUUAUCCUUGAUAAGUGACUUAUAUCCUCAGGUAACAUUGUCAUUUGAUAUUAUUUCUGGAGUUUGAUGCCAACAAUGUUUUCUCUGAAGGUUAAUAGUGGAUUUGCAAUGACGUCUGGGUUUAAAGACCUUCAUCAAUCAAGCACUCUGCCUUCUAUUUCAGAUGCACACUUAUUCCCUGUUGGUGUCAGAAAGGCAGGGGAUGAAGUCAGAGCCGAGCCCCGGAGGAGGAAGGCAAUGCAUGGCAGCAGUCCAGACAUGGACCAAGAGGCCAAGGCCCGGCGUCAGGCUCAGCUCGAUCAGCGCCAUCUAGAGGUCUACAGGAACAUGCACCGUCUCCGAGAUGCUCUCUAUCGCCGCUAUGCUGCCCUGCUCAGAGACAAGGUCCACUCACAGAGAUUACUGCUGCAGCAGAGAGAUGAGACAGUCAGGGUAAAGUCAGAGAAUUACACCAAGCAGAAACAAAGGAAGUUGGCCUUCGUCAAGCUGCAGCACAAUGACUCAUACCUGGAGUCCCUCCCUAAAACCAGCUAUUACCUGAUCUUUGACCUCCAGAGGCAGCUAGCUGAGCACGGACAUCUGAAAACCCACCAUGACUUGGAGGACUUUUAUGGGCACAUCACAUAUAACUGUCCCCCAUCACAGCUACAGAAAAGUCUGGAGGAUGUCAGGAAAAGGAUGCUGGAAAGCAGACCUGUGAUUGAUUUGAUGACUCAGUACAAGACGUCAGAAAAACACCCCUGCACUGCUGAAGAUAGAGGACACGAGGGCCAUGGCAGAUGGAGACUACCGACAUUGUUGUUAGAACAAGGGUCUGGUUCUACGGAGAGUUCGGUGGAGUUGAUCUUCAGUGGCAACCAGGAAAAGGAUGAAAUUGAGCAAAUGUUUCCCAAGAUGAAAGUCCCCACAUUUGCAACCCUACAGCCUAACUUCAUGAGGAGCUUCCAGAGCAAGAUGCCUGAUUUGAUUAUCCCUGAGGUUCCUGAGAAGAGCAGGAAAGCAGAGAUUUAUUUGAGGCGGCUGAGACACAUGUAUGCUCUUUGUUUAACCAACAUGGCUGUCUCCCAGAGACUGCUGGACAGGGAGACAGACUCACUGUGCUGGCAGGAGGAGGGAGGCAACCAAGAUUUGAUGCUUCCAAGCAUUGAGUCCAAACAAGGGAAGACAGGCAAAACCAACCAGCCGCCUCCCUGCUCUCCGAAACAGCCGAAAGUUAUCCAGAAUGACCGUCUGUCAUCUCCUUGGCAUCUCAGCAGAACAACCUCAGCCAGCCACCAAUGCUCUGAGACUCUGGUUUGGGACACAGCAGUGUGCUGCUGUAAAACACCUGAUCCUUUAUCUAUUGAAGACGUGUGUCAACAAAAGCAUGUAGAGGUAAUUGACCGUGGGUUUAAGCUCUGGAGAAACUACACAGUAAACACAGAUCACUGAAGAUAUUGCCAUCUCUUUAUGGGGAAUAUGUGCAGUUAUUAUUGUGUUGGUUAUCUAUAAUAUGCAGUUUGUGGAUUCAUUAAUGUCUGUCAACUGUGAGAGAUACUUUUUUCAUUUUCUUUACAUUACCACCAUGUGUUUAUUCCAUGUCAUACUGAUUAGCUACAAUUGUAUACGUUUAUACUGUAAUAUAACAAUGCUACAUGACAUCUUCUUAUAGGCAACAUAGGCAGCAGCUGAGGGGCACCACCCAGAGGGUAGAUUAAAUAAAAAAAAGCUGUUGUGACAUUCAAAAACAUUAAACAUAAGGGAAAUGGUGGAGUGGAGUGUAUGUGGAAAGCCUUAGAGAAAGUGAAAAGGUGAUCCAGGACGAAACAAAAACGAGAUGAAAUUUGCAAA